AGUUGGGAGACCAGCAUUACCAUUACCAUUACCACAAAAAAAUAAAAUGUUAAGUGGGGUCAACGGCUCGCAUUUGAAAUUUGUUCAGUUGAGUCCACAUCUCAAAAUUUGUUAACAGCACGCGGAAUUCAGUUAGUGAAAGGCAAGUAGGAAUUCGACGAUGAUGAUGCAUCUCAACUUUGCUCUUGUGAUUUUGUUAUGCCCCUGGUUUUGCAGGGCACAGGUGAACAACACAUCCGGCGACCCUUGCCAGACUCCCGGCAGGUGUGGCGAAUUCGGGGUGUGCUACCAAAGGGACUCCCCGAUUUGUUCUUGUUUGCCGGGAUUUGAGCCGCGGAUCAAUCAGGAAUGGGCUUCCGGAAACUGGAGCAGCGGCUGUGUGAGGAGCUCCCCUUUGAACUGUAAUAACGCCACCACCACUGACGGCUUCUUCAAGGUUCAGAUGAUCAUAGUCACGGUUAAUGAGGAUUGGCGCCCCGGCUCCGAAGCUCAGUGCAAAACCCGAUGCCGCACCAACUGCUCCUGCCUUGCCUACGGCUUCGACGGCGGUCGUGGCUGUAGAUUGUGGGCUGGAACCUUAAACAACAUUCAGAAAUUCCCCAGCAACUCCGGCUCUAAUCUUUAUAUCCGCCUCGCUAAUUCCGAAAUAGAUCAAAAGAAAGACUCUAAGAAGAUUAUCAUCAUUGUAGUGGUUGUGGUUUUCUUUAUCGCGUCUAUUUGCGCAUGUGUUUCUUGGAAAUGGAUUGCUGCUCGCAGAGGCAAAAAGAAAAGCAGUCAACUUGGAAAACAGGACCCCUCUUUUCUAGCCGACUCAUCUCUUCAAGAUGUGUUAAGUCAGGUUAAUCUUGAAGAGUUACCACUGUUUAAAUUUGAGACAGUUGCAAAUGCUACCAACAAUUUCUUUGAAGACAGCAAGCUCGGAAAGGGUGGUUUUGGUUCUGUUUACAAGGGAGAAUUGGUUGAUGGAAGAGAGAUUGCGGUUAAGAGGCUUUCGCAGGCAUCUACACAAGGGAUGCAAGAAUUUAUGAACGAACUGGUGCUAAUUUCUAAACUCCAACACAGGAAUCUUGUUAGACUAAUUGGAUGCUGUAUUGAGAAUAAAGAGAAGAUGCUGAUAUAUGAAUACAUGCCUAAUAAAAGCUUGGACUUUUACCUAUUUGAUCAUUCACAACAGAUCCUAGAUUGGAGAAAGCGUUUCAAUGUGAUCCAAGGUAUUUGUCGAGGCCUGCUUUAUCUCCACCGGGAUUCCAGAUUGAAGAUAAUCCAUCGAGACCUGAAGCCCAGCAACAUAUUGUUGGAUAACGAUUGGAAUGCAAGAAUUUCAGACUUUGGCAUGGCCAGAAUAUUUGGGACAACGCAAGAUCAUGUCAGUACCUUAAGAGUGGUAGGCACAUACGGAUAUAUGGCUCCUGAGUAUGCAUUGGAAGGAAAAUUUUCAGAAAAAUCAGAUGUUUUUAGCUUCGGAGUUCUGAUGCUAGAGAUUACUACUGGGAGAAGGAACAAAGGCUUCCAAGAAGAUGGCUCUUUGAAUCUCUUGGGACAGGUGUGGAAUUUCUGGAACGAGGACAAUGUCUCGGCUUUGAUAGAUACAAGGAUAUCGAGCUCGAGCUAUCGCGCAGAAGUAAUGAGGUGCAUCCAUAUUGGGCUGUUGUGUGUCCAACAAUUUGCUAGAGACAGGCCAUCUGUUUCAGCCAUACUGUCAAUGUCGAGCAGUGAAAUAUCAGAGCUUCCUAAGCCAAAGUUACCUGCGUUUGCUAUAAAAUCAAGUGAUAAUUCUGAUGCAGGUACAACUUCUACCCAUCUCAGUACUUCAUCCAUCAACAAUGUCACUCUCACCACAGUGGAUGGCCGCUGAUGCUGCAUCAGCAUAAUCGAAGUAACAAUCUCAUGUAUAGCAUUCUUCGAUUGGAUAUAUUUUUGUUUUUAUGACCAUUUUUUGUGUGCAAAGGUUUAAACUAUGCUAUUUUGAUGUAAGCUGGAUUUGUUAAUUUAUUACUCACUCCAUUCGCCACAAGUAUAACACUUUGACAGGACACGAGUUUAUUUAUAAAUUUAUUACUCA